AUGGUUACAAAACCGCCGCUUCUCGCACUAAGUCUCCCGGACUUUACAUCUUUUCUUAGAUCUCGCGGGAUAUUUACGUUUCAUGCUGUCUAUAAAGCGGAUGCAAGAAAGUUUGCAACAUCACACAACGUAUUGGAUCCAAUCCUAGAAUAUUUUAGAGAUGAAGGAAUCGAUUUUGAUUCACACGAGGGUAUCUUUGGUCAGAUCGGUCCAAGGUCAGGUGUUUUGCAGGGAGCGUUCAUACAUCGCACAUGCCGUGGUGCUGGCGCAGGAGGGGUCCGGAACUGGUCCUAUAAGACUGUAGAAGACUGGUUUCGAGAUGGUCUACGUCUGUCUCGUGGCAUGACCCAUAAGAAUGCUCUAGCCGGGAUAUGGUGGGGAGGCGGAAAGGGUUUGUUGGCAAGGAAUACUGGAAUCGGUCUAAGACAAGGCAAUAAGCUCGACGGCAGAAAAAUGGUGUUUGAAGAGUAUGGUAGUUUUAUGACCGCAUUGAGAGGUUGUUAUGUGACUGCUGAAGACGUAGGAACGACUGAUCAAGACAUGGCUGCAAUAUUUUCUAAGACGCGUUUUACAACGUGUAUUCCACAUGAAUUUGGCGGAUCAGGAAAUCCAAGUGGACCAACGGCUCGAGGCGUUCUUCGAGGCUUAGAAGCUGCUCUGUCAUAUAUUGGGAAAUCACUAGAGGGUGCAACAAUCGCUGUUCAGGGUGUUGGACACGUUGGCACCAAACUCGUAGAUCUUCUUCUCAACAAAGAAGUGUCUCAUGUCAUUGCUUCCGAUAUUGAUACAUCACGAAUAAAUUUGGCUUCAAAAAAAUUGAAAAAGUGGGCUGAUAGCGGACGGCUUGAGUUGAAAACCAUUUCCUCUCAAGAAGAUACGAUACUAUAUGAGGAUGUAGACGCAGUAGCACCAUGUGCAGUUGGUGGCAUUCUGAACCCACAGACAAUUCCCAAAAUAAAAGCAAAGAUUAUCUGCGGCGCCGCAAACAAUCAACUUCAUGAUUUAAUGAGCGAUGACAAACUUUUGGCCGAACGAGGGAUCAUUUAUGUACCCGACUUUUUGGUCAAUAGAAUGGGAAUUGUAAACUGCGCAGAUGAAGCGGUAGGAUAUAUCGAUGAUGAUCCCAAUAUUGAAAUGCAUUUGGGUGAUUCGUGGGAUAAUUCAAUUUACAAUCUGACAAAGAGUAUCCUAGAAGAAUCGGCUAAGAGAAACCGUACUCCGCAAGAAUUAUCUGUUGAAUUGGCUGAGCGGCGUUCAUGGGAGAAAAAUCCGAUUUGGGGACACCGUGGUAUUAAGAUAAUUGACAGCCUGAUUCAGAGUAGAGAAUGGAAACGCAAAACCAUGAAUGAACUAUGA